CCAGUCAGGCGUCCGCCAUUGACGAGUGAAAGUAGGCCUAAUCCAGGAAGAGAAGUAGAGAAACCUCCACGCACCAUGGAUCAAGCCAAUCGUCAAGAGCGACCAGAGGCAAACGAAGUUCCAGUAUCCGAAGAAGACCGAAUCAUGUUCCUCAUCGCAAAGUGCUACGAAGACGACAUCUUCCCAGAGAACCUGAAACAUGGUGAAUUCGUCAUGGAAAAUGGAGUCUGGAUCUUCAAAGUAAACGCUCGGAUCGAUAGGCUGACCACGGCGUGGCUCAAAGAGCGCACUGUCACGGUGAUAUUCCAGGGAGAGGCGAGAGAUCUCUCGGUCAAAACCAGGGAAGAUUUUAUUCUGGCAUACGAGAAUGGAUGGUUUCGGAAGAAAACGUUUACUAGGGGCUUCAAGAGAGGAAGGGUGCAUGGUGAAGGCCCAAACGUGAUGUCUUAUGUUGUCAAGGCAAGAGAGAUUGCACAAUGGUUGAUAGCUAAGGCAGAGGACGUGGUGGUGAUAAGAGGAGUGGAAUAUUGCAUGUUGUUUAAGCCAUGGAUGACCAGGGCUGAACUGGCCGCACAACGACGUCAAGAGGACGAGACGAAGGUCGUAGCCUUGAGGGUGCCGCUAAGAGCAAUGUUUCACAUCGGUGAUUUAGUAGCACAAGCAAUGGGCCCAAUUAUUCACCGCCAUCCUCCAGAGCCGGACCCGUCACGACCGAAACUAAUGAAUCUAAAAUUUGAUAUAGCAAGAGAGGUUGAAGAGCGUUUCGAAGAAAAACUCCCGAUGAAGCUGGAGGACGGCGAGAUGUAUGAAGUCCAAUUGGUGUGCAAAGCAACGUCGUGGUGGACUCGAUGUCGAUGGUGGUUUCACACAGAGAAUGAGGGUUGCCCAAGGGCAGAGGAAGGGGUGGGCGAAGGUCGAGAAGCUCCAAACAGCAACAACCAAAGACAACAGAGAAGGGAGACAACAUCAUCUCACAUGGGGAGAAUUAGAAUAGGCACAUGGAAUGUGAAGGGCCUGGGUGACACGGGAGGGAGACAGAAAGGUCGACGCCUGAAACAAUGGAUUCACGACAAGAACAUAGACAUUGCUAUAGUGCAAGAAACGAAACUAUCAGAGGCAAAGUUAGCACAACUAACGGACUGGUUGGACGGACCACAGCUCUGGUCGGCAGCAAGGGGUUCCAAAGGGGGGACAGUCAUCCUAGUUCAUAGAAGGAUAGAGGCAGAGCUUCUAGACUACGAUCCAGACCUAUGGGGAAGAUGGGUAUGGUUGAAACUUCUUAUUGAAGGAACAGUGUUGGUUGUAGCCACGAUGUAUGCCCCGAAUGAGCCGAACGAUAGACUACAAUCCAUUAGAGCAUUGUCGUAUUGCCUACCAAGAACUGAGCAUAUGGUCAUAGGCGGAAACUGGAAUCUUUUGAGUUGUCCAGGACUAGAUUCGGAAGCGGUAGACUCUCUGCGAAGGGAUAGGGAAGCCUCUCUACAGUGGAAGGAAGCAUGGGGCUUAGUAGAUAUCUUUAGAGUGUUGCACCCAAGGGAAUCAGGUUUUUCCUGGUUUCCCUAUGCGGCGUCAGCAGCAGGAGCGAAGAGGAGACUCGACUUCUUCCUGGCAACAGGAGCCUGCACACAGAACACACAAACGGUAAGUGAGAGCAAUACAGGCAUGUCGGAUCACAAACCAGUGAUCAUGGAGAUGAACUGGACGCAGGGGAACCGGAGAGGGCGAGGGCACUUCAUACCGAACACGGCCAAUCUGGAAGACACAGGAUGGGUGGACUGGACAGAAAAACACUGGCGCACAUGGCAAGAGACCAGGGCACACUUUGACACUUUUGAGGAUUGGAUGGAUGCAGGUUUAAGAAUCAUCUCCCUCAAGUAUGAAACUUUCUCAGUCAUUGCGGCCUACAGAAGAAACAAGGAAGAAAGGACAAUGCUCAAGAGGAUUGAAGAAGCAGAGGCAAACAUGAAUGGUCACUCGAUCUCGGAGUUGGCAUGGGCGGAAGAGAGGACGCUGAGAAUGGGAGAAUGGGAGCAACUGCAGAUAGAGAAGCGUGCAAGAUGGGAUAUGAUUCUAAAGGAGAAGGGAAUAGUGGUGAGCGACAGGAUGUCAAAGCAGUGUUUUCUGAAACUCUUACCAAAGCGCAAUCUGACCCCUAUGAGGGAGCUGCAACACCCUCACCUGCAAGGGAUGGAAAUGGCACAAUCUAAUGAAGCUAUGUGUGAGUAUGCGGCUGCCUACUUUAAGGACAUCCUGGCCACAAGGAAAUUCUUUUGGGACUGGGAAACGGACUUGACCAAGGAAAGCAGCUUCUGGGACACCUUUACACCACGGAUUACAGAAGGAGGUAGAAGAGAUAUGAACCGGCCAGUUACUGCACAAGAGCUCAAAGAAACUGUUAAGAGUAUGGCGCCAGGGAAGGCCCCAGGAUAUGGCGGCCUUCCAGUAGAAUUCUACAACACCUGCUAGAAGACUCUAGAAAAAGACGUGUUGCAGCUGUACAACGGCAUCUUAACUGGUCAACAACUGGGGAAGACAAUAACAAAGGGCAUCAUCACGC